AUGUGGAUAUCCAUCGGACACAACCAUAUUGUAUCAUGUUCGUCGUUGAAACGUCUUACACUUUCUCUCAAAACUUCAAGCAACUAUUGGUCAUUACAUUCUGUUGUUUGUUUUGACAACAUUGUUGCUUCGCUUCCAUUUACUGAAUGGUAUUUUCGCAGCUUCGGCAACGCGUUUCCCGAUACAAUUCAUUUUAAUGUACCUAAUCCGCCACCGUUCAAGUGCAUUCGUCAAGUAGUACUUUGCGAGUAUGAUGGUCCAUUAUCACUCGCCUUAUUUAAAUUUGUUGAGCGAUUGUUUACACGCAUCGAUCAUCUCUGCAUCUCAAAUGGAUGUUGCUUACAGAAAUUUGAUUGGACAUUACUACCACGUUUUCCUAAAAUAACAACAAUGGCACUGGGUCUCUAUUAUAAAAGUUGCGACAUGCUCCCUGAUAGCCCGCUUAAUGCUGCGUCGUUGCGUGCAUUUUUCUCGAUAGUCCCCAACUUGCGACGAUUGCAGACAUCGACGAACUUUCUUAAAGAACAUGAGACAGUGUUACAUGCCGAUCAGCAAUUACAAGACGUUGCUAAACGCAUUGAAGAAGUACAAAUGAUAAAAUAUGAAAAUAAACAGAUGGAAGAAUUUGUAAUUUCUUUUUUUCCUAAUGCUAAACUUCGUUUUGACUAUCGACCUAACCAAUUUUUCUAG